AUGGAUUUUUUCAUGCAAUAUUUGUUCCUUACUUUGAUUACCAUGAUUGCAUCUGUCUAUGUUUUGCAGAAAAGAGGCACUAAAACCUUGCCUCCUGGGAGCUUUGGGUGGCCCCUGGUGGGUGAAACCUACCAAUUUUUGUUCAUCAAGAUUGAACAUUUCAUUCAAGAGAGGGUGAACAAGUACUCCUCAGAGAUCUUCCGCACAUCCAUUCUAGGAGAGCCAACAGUGGUUCUUUGUGGUCCUGGAGCAAACAAAUUUGUCUCCACCAAUGAGACAAAGCUUGUGGAAGUUUGGUACAUGAAGACUCAGCGCAGGUUGUUCAAUAUUCCUGAUCGAACUCAUGGAGCAAAGCCAAAACCAAAACCAAAGCAAGAAGCUGCAUCUGCUGCUCCAGUGAAGAGCUUGGGGAUUCUGAAACCUGAGGGAAUAGCAAGGUACAUGGGGAACAUGAUUGAAUCAACCAUUCAUCAGCAUUUCAUGACACACUGGGCAGGAAAAACAGAAGUGAAGGUUUACCCUUUGGUGAAGGCCUUUUCCCUCACUCUGGUGUGUCAAUUCUUCUUAGGCUUAGAUAAACCAAUAUUGGCCACUGAGUUUGACAACUUACAUUCUGGGAUCUACUCUGUUCCCGUGAAUUUCCCAGGCUCCACAUACCGUAGGGCACUGAAGGCUGCAGCUGCAAUAAGAGAAGAGAUCCAAUUUCAGAUAAAAGAGAAGAUUGAUGCUUUCUCCAAGGGGCAAGUUGUAGAUGACCUACUAGCACACGUAGUUGGUUCUGAGCAGGGUGGAAAAUAUGUGCCAAAAAUGGCAAUAAGCAACAUCAUCAUGGGGUUGAUGAAUUCCAGCUACAUACCAAUAGCUAUUAAUCUGGCUUUCAUGAUCAAACACAUUGGACAAAGGCCUGAUAUCUACCAAAAAAUCGUAUCCGAGCAUGCUGAUGUUACAAAAUCCAAAGGAUCUGGUACAGCACUAGAUUGGGACAGCAUGCAGAAACUGAAAUACACAUGGGCUGUUGCACAGGAGACCAUGAGACUCUAUCCAACUGCACCCGGUGUAUUCAGAGAGGUGUUAACAGACAUCACCUAUGAAGGUUAUACUAUUCCAAAGGGGUGGAAGAUCUUUUGGGCACUUGUUGGGACAAAUAAGAAUCCCAACUACUUUCCUGAACCUGAAAGUUUUGAUCCCUCAAGAUUUGAAGGGAAUAAUUUUCCUGCUCCAUACACUUGGAUACCCUUUGGAGCUGGACCAAGAUCUUGCCCUGGAAAGGACUACGUACGGUUUGUGGUCCUCAGUUUCAUUCACGUUCUUGUAAGCAAGUUCAAGUGGGAAGCUAUUCUUCCUGAUGAGAAAGUUUCAGGUGUUCUAAUACCUACCCCGACAGAGGGAAUUCCUAUCCGUCUUCAUCCCCAUUAA